UACGACCUCCCUCCGUCUCCUCCUCCGCGGAGCCGCGCAUCUGUUGCCAGGGCAACGGCGGGCCUGCGAGCAGCGAGCUGCCUGGGUCUGAUGCGGCACGAAGCGCCCCCCCCCCCCGCCCCCCACUCCCUCCCUCCUUCCUUCCUUCCUUCCUUCCUUCCUUCCUUCCUUCCUUCCUUCCUUCCUUCCUUCCUUCCCGGGAGGCGCAGAGGACGGGCGCCCGGCUGCAGGCAAGGAAGGCAGGCACGAAGGCAGGCAGACAGGCUGGCCCGGUGCCCACUGGGAACCUCCAUCAGGAGACUCAAAGCGGCGUGCAUUUUGAAAAGCAUUUCCAUACAAUUUACAAGUCUCCAAACAUUAAAACAGAAUGAAAUAUCCGUGGGAUGACGAAAUGCACCGUGGCAACCCAUAGGAACGGAUAAGCCCUGCAUUCCAUGUGAUUGAAGGCGAAGGCCAGAGCGGCUGGAGGGCCCACGGCCGGCACAUUCCCCGGAGGAAGGACAACAAGGCCGGCCCAGGACCGGACCAGUCCCUCCCCUUGAACAGGUGGGACGCCGACGACAGCGACGCCAUGUCUCGAUCACCGGAGGGGCCCGAGUGCCAGAUCUGCUACGACCGCUUUGACCUCCGCUCCCGCCGCCCGAAGCACCUGCUGUGCGGCCACUGCGCCUGCGCCCGGUGCCUGCGGAGGAUGGCCGAGUCGGCGGAGUGGGGGGCGCUGGAGGCCUUGGGGUCCCCGGCCCGGCUGAGCUGCCCCUUCUGCCGCCAGGAGACCCCCGUCCCGCAGAGGGAGGUGGGCCGGCUGCCGGACGACGCGACAGUGCUGCCCCUCUUGAGCAGCCCCCGCCCGGCCCCAGAGGUGCUGCUGUGCCCCGGAGGAGGCGCCCUGGAGACCCUCCCCGGGGGGCCCCUGGGCAGCCCCUCCUCCUCCCCCUCCCCCUCCUCCUCCUCGGACUGCCUGGUGGUCACGCUGCUGGAGCUGCCCGUGGAGCUGGGCCUGGAGGGGCCGGAGGGGGCCCUGGGGCUGCUGGAGGUCAUGCGGCUGCACCGCCCGCCCAGCCUGGGCUCCCUGCCCUGCUCCCUGCCGCUGGUGGGCAAGUGCCGGCCCUGCCUGGGGGGCCCCUCCUCCCCCGGCGCCCCCUGCGCCCCCCGGGACCUGCCCCGCUUCCUCCUGGGCGCCCUGUGCCUGGCCUACCUCAGCUCCCUGCCCUUCGGCAUCUACCUGCUCCUGGAGGGGCACCUCAACCUGGGCAUCGUCCUGGUCAGCCUGGUCCCCUCCACGCUCAUCCUCUGCCUCUGCUACAGCCUCGGACAGUGCCUCUGCCAGGAGGCCUUCCCGGCGGGGCCCUCCUCCUCCGCCUCCUCCUCCUGAGGGCACUGGGAAACGACUGCACCCACUCUCUGGGCACAUAUCCUUUUGGCAAAUGUGAAUCUCCAUGAAUGUGCGGAGACCAGUCGCUAGUCAAGAAAAGUGUCCACUCUUUGAAAAAGUGAUAUUCACAAGCAUUCGUGUAAUGGCACACAGGCAACUCAGCUGUUAGACUGAAGAACCACGUCUUUGAACUGCCAAGGACAAAGACAUGCCACUACAGAAAUAUGUUUGGUUAGCAGAGCAUGGUUGCUUCUCUGCCGUUGCAAUUGCCCAAAACAAAAACUUUUAGUUUAAAAUAUGUACACAGAGAUAAAACAAAACAAACUAGUAUUUGAAAAAUUAA